UCAGCCGUGAGAAGAGAAAAUUUGCUUAUCUGAAGUACCCACAUACCCUCGUAUCACGAAUGCCAGAAAUAUUUAAUAUAGACUUUCAUAUGAUUUUAACGUAAACGUAAUUAAUUCUAAAGUAUAUGCUCCUGUACUUAGUGCAUUAUAUUGAUCUUGACAACCAAUGGAAAGAGCCAUGUCUAAAUUAUAUAUGUACGUUUACCUACAUCUGGGAUAGGUAUCCCAGGUACAAUUUUCACAUAACAAUGAAUGAAUUUAGACAACAGUGCGGAGAUUGUUUCAAAAGCAAAAUGAUAACUUGACCUAGUUUAACUACAUUGAAUCGGUGCACAGCAUGCAGUACAAUGCACUUGCAUUAAAUAACGUACCAAAAAAUAGCAAUUUGAAUAUUAACAAAAAUACAUGAGCGACAUAUACAUUAGGUUUUUAUACAGACCAGAAAUGCAUGGAUCGUAUGCGGAGAAGCUCCGCCUCUAGAGAGGUGGGAUAUGGGAUAUGGAUAAAUAACAAGCAGGAACAGCCCUUCUCCGAGCGUCCUGUCCUCUGAUGUCCACAGGUUUCAGACCUGUUACUACCAGAGAUGGAUGCGCUUUUGAAUGCGAAGCCGGAGGAUCUAGAAGAUUAUUAUGCUCUUCUGGGAUGUGACGAGUUGUCCUCGCCUGAACAGAUUCUUGCGGAAUAUAAAAUAAGAGCCCUAGAGCGACAUCCAGACAAGGACCCCGAAAACCCCAACGCAGCGGAGGAUUUUCAGAAGCUGCAGGAGGCCAAAGAAGUUCUGACCAACGAAGAAACAAGGAAGAUGUACGACCUGUGGAGACGCAGCCGGAUCUCCGUACCCUUCCGGGACUGGUGCUCCCUGAGCGACUCCGUAAAAGCCUCGAUGCACUGGGCCGUGAAAGCCAGGAAGGAGCCAAUGCUGGAGGCUUCUCAGGAGACCCCUGCAGUCGCCCCCACGGGCCGCGUGUCUGAGGUGGAGCGACAGUCGUCCGCAGAGCUGCAGUCGCCCGUCACACCAACCUCUCCAGGUGAAAAUCUGUGGCACUGGCGUUUCCGUUGGACCGCCGAUGCUCCAUCUGACCUCUUGAGAAAAUUCCGGAAUUAUGAAAUCUGAGAAGAGAGCAAAUAGUGCAUUUUCCUGUGUCGUCAGCUACGUGCGCAAGUUGAUGUGCCCCGGUGUUCUUAUCUUGAGUUGCUCAUAAAUGGUGUUUACAGUAAAACGACGUGAUCAUUACUCAUUAUCCCCGCCGGCCUGUAAGAAGAGAAUUGAAGUUCUGACAGUCAAAUUUUAAAUAUGAUAUUUUAAUUCCACGAAAUGGUGAGGAGCCAGGGCCCCUGUUCAUAAGAAACAUUAUGUUCUGUAAUGUGCCCGUAAUCCCCACGUACGUAACCCAGCAUCUGUUUAUCUGCCUAUUUUUUAACGAAAUGAGCAUUUACAUUUUCUCCUGGUCACUGAAGCUGACCCUGACAUCUCAUCCACGACAUUUUGUGUUGUAUGCAAAUGUUCUUUGCAACGUAUAUUCAUGAAAUGUUUGUGUGCUUCAGGCAUGCAGUUGGCGUCUCGGUGCCGAUAUUAAGUCAUGUUAGUUAUUAAUGUUUGCACUGCUUAGUUCAUUAUAAUUUGUAAAAAAGAAAACCGAUUCCAAAAUGUAGUAUCGUUCAGACCAUGUGACGUCCAUCGUAAUGCAUCAAAUGCAGUUUCCGUGAGCCCAAGAGCUGUAGUAUCUGCGAUGCGCAAUUCAGCUGAAUGUGCUAAAUGGCGUAAUGUGUCUUUAAUUUAGCAAUAGGUGAGUAGCUGCAACCAGAACAUCUGCACUGGUCAUUAUACAUAAACUACAUCGCUGUGUUUAGAUACUACAUUGUGCACAUAAACGGUCUCAGUCUGGUUAGCUGGAAAAACCUCAUUUGUUUUUAGUUCAGAUGGAUGUCUUAUGUAAAUCACAAGUGUGGCUUCUUCGUAAUACGGUAUUACUGCUCGUCAUUCUGCUUAAUGCGAAUAAAUCAUAUGUAAAUCA